CCCUUAAAGUUCUUCUCUGCUCUCAGUUUAGUUGCGACAAUGAUUAAAACUCUAACCAAUUUCAGUCGUCCUUCAAUUCCAAAAUUCCUACAACCACCACCCAACCAACUCACUCAGAAACAGACUAUCGUUGAGCAGUUGAAGAAAUGUUCGAGUUUGAAAGAGCUGGAGUGUUUACUUGCCUCGAUGAUCAAGAACAACGCAAACCAAGACUGUUUCUUGAUGAACCAUUUUGUCACCGCCUGUUCGACCUUUCGUCGAACAGAUUACGCUGUUCUAGCCUUCACCCAGAUGGAAAAUCCCAAUGUAUUCGUAUACAAUGCGGUUAUCAGGGGCUUUGUUCGUUGUCUUGCCCCAAUUCAAGCUCUAGAUUUUUACUUUCAGAUGCUGAAAGAUGGAGUUUGUCUGACAAGUUACACAUUUUCAUCAAUAGUGAAAUGUUGCACCUUGACAGCAGCUUUAGGAUUUGGAGAAUCUGUUCAUGGUCAGGUUUGGAAAUAUGGGUUUGGAUCACAUGUGUAUGUUCAGACUGCUUUAGUUGAUUUUUACUCCAAUUUGGGUAGAAUUACUGAAUCAAGACAAGUGUUCGAUGAUAUGCUUGAGAGAGAUGUUUUUGCAUGGACCACCAUAGUUUCAGCUCAUAGCCGAACUGGGGAUAUGAGUUCUGCGAGGAAGUUGUUUGACGAGAUGCCUGAGAGGAACAGUGCUUCGUGGAAUGCAAUGAUAGAUGGAUAUGCAAGAAAUGGGGAUGUGGAGUCUGCUGAGUUAUUGUUCAAUUGCAUGCCCACAAGGGAUUUAAUUUCAUGGACAACAAUGAUCAAUUGCUACUCUCAGAACAAGCAAUAUAGAGAAGCAUUAGCAGUUUUCAAUGACAUGAAGACCAAUGGAGUCAGCCCUGAUGAAAUAACGAUUGCUUCUGUUAUUUCAGCUUGCGCCCAUCUUGGAGCUCUUGACUUGGGAAAGCAAAUCCAUCUUUACAUAAUGCAAAAUGGUUUUGAUAUUGAUGUUUAUAUUGGAUCUGCACUAAUUGAUAUGUAUGCAAAGUGUGGUAGCUUGGAAAGAUCCCUAGUGGUAUUCUUCAAAUUGUGGGAGAGAAACCUUUUCUGUUGGAAUUCAAUAAUUGAAGGCCUUUCAGUUCACGGAUAUGCUGAUGAAGCAUUGGUAAUGUUUAGCCGGAUGGAGAGGGAGAACAUUAAGCCAAAUAAAGUUACCUUUAUUAGCAUUUUAAGCGCCUGCACACAUGCAGGGCUGGUUGAAGAAGGACGUAGAAGAUUUCUAAGUAUGGCUCGUGAUUAUUCUAUCCAUCCAGAAAUUGAACAUUACGGGUGCAUGGUUGAUCUAUUGUGCAAGGCUGGUUUGCUCGAAGAUGCAUUAGAAUUGAUAAAAAACAUGACAGUUGAACCAAAUGCUGUUAUUUGGGGGGCCUUGCUGGGAGGUUGUAAGCUCUACAAGAACUUAGAGAUUGCUCAAGUUGCGGUUAACAAGUUGAUGGUUUUGGAGCCAAAAAAUUGUGGGUAUUACACUCUUCUACUUAACAUGUAUGCUGAAUCAAAUCAAUGGAUUGAGGUUGCAAAUAUCAGAUUAACCAUGAAGGAACAAGGACUUGAAAAGAGUUGUCCUGGAUCCAGUUGGAUUGAAAUGGAAAGGAAGAUUCAUCAGUUUGCAGCUUCUGAUGAAUCUCAUCCGGCUUCAAGCCAAAUUUUCUUACUGCUGGAUGAAUUAGAUGGACAGCUAAAGCUUGCUGACUAUAUGCCAGAACUUGGGAUUAUGUCAUAGUUGUUUGUUCUGGUCUGAGGAAAAAUGAAAAUCAAAGACCAUGCAAUUGUGAAGCAGCUAUAUUUGUGUACCAGGGAUCAAAUGGAUGCCAUUAAGUAAUGAAGCUUUAGAAGAGAUUGGUGGAAGCUCCAUAUAGAGUGUUAGUCCAUCAGCCGGGAUACAUAGAAGCACUCCAGAUAGAGUCCUGCAAAACACACUGUAUUUUGCACGAUCAACACACUUGAAAGUGUACAAUGGUCCUUGUUAUGCUAAAGGAGGAGAAGGAUAUGUCUUUUAUUCUUGCAAGACUUAAUAUGGAUGACAAAUGCAAUUUUGGUUUGAUGAACACUGAGAUCAAUCAUAAAGGUUAGGAAUUGCUUUUCUAACAUAAGCUCCUGAAUCAGCAUGCCAACUGCAAAGGUAAUUUCUGACAGCUCCUCAACUGAUGUGUUUAACAACUGCAAACUGUUAGUAAUUGCUUCUCUAACAGUUUAAGCUCUAUAACCAGCAUGCCAACUGCAAAGGUAAAUUCUGACGACUCCUCAACUGAUGUGUUGAACAGUUUAAGUUGCCCUGCUGAUACACUGGCAUACAGAAAAUUGCACAUAAAUUAUGACCACCAUAUAGAUUGUUAUAUUACAAAGUCAUGGUUCUCAAUGAACUUAUCUGAACUUAUGGUGACUUUAUCCACCAAGGGUUGUAGCCUAGUGGAAUAUUUUUUACUUAGGUUGAUUGUUCAGGUUGCUUUAAGAACAAAGUGGUUGUGUGGGUUAUUUGACUGGCCAAGAGUUUUAACAGUUGGCGCACUUUGCAUUCUGACCUAGAAUUCCAGUACAUCAAGAAUGAUUUUUUAUUAAUGGAAAAAAGAAUAGAAGUAAUUGGACAUUAACCUUCUAGUUUACAACCCUACUUGUAAAUUGGCAUUCUACCUUUUAAGCUAUAUUAUCAAAUUUACUUGCAUGAACUUGUACGUGAAUACAUGUUCCAUGUGUUUAUAGUAAUAUUUUAUAAUUUUUUGUCUCAUUUAAAGUUGUUCUUUAUCUAUUUAAAGAAUUUUUUAAUAUCAUUUUAUUAUUUCCCCCUCAUUUUUUAGGAUCUUAUCCAAAAUCUCUCGCAAUCGGAUCCCAUAGAACCCAAAGACGUUCCAAUGUGGGAACCCUAUCUUAACAAUCUUGAUAUUACAUAUAAAACUAAGAUGAAUGAGAGCGCAAGUGAAAUCUUCCCCUCGAUUGCUUUCAAAAAUUCUCUAAGAAAAGUUCAAGGAUACUAGUUAUAGGCAAAGCUGACCCACAUCUGUAACAUAUUUUGCACUCAAAUGGCUGAAGAUGCAUUAUGCAUUCAUUCUCAACUCUUUCAAUAACAGAGUUCUUUACAGAAUCCAUAUUAAUGCCAAAAAGAAAAAAGGUAGAAAAAUUGUACUGUUGAAAAAUGAAACGAAAAUCAGAAGUUAAAAAUUAGAGAGAAUGAUCAGAUAGAGCGAAUACACAAGGUCGAUGCCAUCACACUGGAAAUCAAACCAAAAUCAUCACAUCAUUCUCUAACUAGUAAAUAAAAAAUAAAAAAUAAAUAAAAGGUGAUAUAUGGUAAUGAAAAUUGCAUAACUUAUCAUUUCUGUUUUUAACUUAUUUCUGGUGCAUUUGCUACGCAACUCUUUGUCUGUACAGAAAGAUUUGUUUUGAAUGUCAUUUGACACACUGUGUUCGAAUUAUUAUAUGAAAGUAAUAUUUGUGUAUUAGGAAAUUCAAGGAGCUUGUAUCACAUCCUCAUUGCAAUACAUAUUAAGUUGUGGUUUGCCUUUAGGAUUUAACAAUACUCCUCAAAUAUUUUUCCUUCUUUUUUAGUGAUUCACAAUAGUGUGACAUCAGCAAGAAAAUUUGUGUUUAUUUAUAACGUUGUAACUGAAAUGAUCUUCUUUUCACAUCAAACAUGAUUGUUAGUGAGUAAUAACAGCAAAUCGGUUCAGAAACAAAGUUCCAUUAAGGCUUACAAAAGAGCCAUAAGCAACUAGCAUCGGUAUGAUUUACUAUAUAACGGUAAAAUGGAGGAUUCGAUACUUGAUUCACCCAAUAAUAUAUCGUAGUAUAGUAAAAUUUCAUUACUUGUUUGUUUUGUUAAAAAAGGGAUUGGGAUUUUGACUCCCAGCCCCUCCUGUUGUAUAGAUUUUAAAAUACACUUGCUGAAGAAGAAGUUGUCAUACCAGAUAGUUGUUUAUAAUGUUCUUAAUCAAUAUCACUCGCAAUGGUCAAAGGCAGAAAAGGUGGAAACUGAUGCGAUGAAGGAGGUAAAUGAUGCAUCUCAAAUGCGGCCUAGAGUGGAAAUGAAUUUAGGCUUCAAUUCUAGUUUGAACAAAUACAAUUCUGGUGAUGAUGAUUUGAGCAAUAAUAAAUGGAAUUUAGAACAUGCUUGGAUCAUGAAGGCUCUUGAACCAGCAUUACAAUUGUGUAGAUGGGCUUUAACAACAGGUCUGUUCAUUAUUCUUUCCAAAAUAUAUUUUGUCAUGCACAGUAUGGUUAUAAAAUAAUUAGGACAAGACAUGGUCAAAUUGAGUUUGUUCUCUUGAAAGCUGAGAACAAAGAUGUCUAAUCUUAAGGACAUGAUUUAUCUAUGCUAUUGAUGAGGAUUCAGACAAAUAUUUUUUUAAGGACUAAAUAUGAUUUCUCUAUUUUUGCUAAAAUCAUAGUAUAGUUUGUUGGGUUACAGUAAGCAUUGUCUUGUGCAGUUUUCCUUUCUAUCUAGCGAUCAUGGACUUGGGAUAACUUUUAUUCCUGCAGGAACUGGAAUUGGAAGCAGAUCCCCACCUGGUAGUCGAUCACUUAGUGGGAUUGUUGGGCCUUACAUAGUGGCCUAGUUGGUAGAGCGCCCAGCUCCCUGAGCCGGUUUGCCUGUGUUCGAGUCCCCCCUCCCCCCUAUCAAUGGAGUAAGCUUGGACUCCAGGAUUGGAGCCUAAGGGUAUGUUUGGCAGCACCGUUUUGGAGCUUCGGAAUUGGAAUUGGAAUUGGAAUUGGAAUUGGAUGCUCCGAUUCCAAAUCCUGUGUUUGGCACGUCAACUGCUGGGAAAACUAUUUCAAACCCCCCUCCUUGGCCUUGGUUUGGCUCAGGCGAUUGAGAAUUUCUGGAAGGUCUCCCUUUAACCCAUGUGCUACAUGGCAGAAACUUGGUCGAAGAAUCUCUGCUUGAAGAGUCAUUAAGAUUGUUGGGUUAUCACCAGUGGGUGAAACUACUUGGACAGCAUUAAUUUGAAUUUUGCCUCAGCAUGCAUUGCUUGAAGGGUCAUUGAGAUUGUCUAACACCAUAGUUGUUUUUUAUUCAUUUUCUCUCCUGUAAUUAUUAGAGAGAUUGUUGGGACAUAUUCAGCUGAUGUGAGGAAAAUAAUCAUGAGGAUUUUGGAUCAGGUUUGUGAAGGAUUGGGACUAGAACAGGGCUACUGGACUUCAAUUUGUAAAGAUGGGCUGCCAAUUACAGGAAAAUCUUCAUCCUUAAGUUCAAAUUCUAGCAUAUUUUUUAAGAAAAUAUUAUUUUUAUAAUAUCAGAGGUGCUGAACAUUGAGUUUAAAUGGAGGUAGUGAAAGCUACAUUGGUGCAGAAUGUAGAACAGGAACGUAGAAACAGAAACAGAGCCAGGUCAUGAUGAUGCAGAUAACAUAACUGAAGCAGCAAGAAGCUUGGAAGUGUAGAACUCACAUAUCUUGGGGGUAUGGAUGACUUGGCAUGCUGGUCAAACUUGAAACCAACAGAUUGUAUAUUUGGGGAGUGAACCAUCAAAUUGUAUGUUUGCUCGAUGUAGCAAUUUUAGAUUAGCUGCUUUUGUUUAUACAAUUUUGUCCUUAAUUUAUUAGUGUAGUUCACUGGUGCCUCUUGCCCUUUGUUCUUCUCUUCUUCUUCUUUUUUUCAAGAACUAGAUAGAUUUAUCUUCAAUUAAGGUGGUUAAUUGCAAGUAAAUAAAGCUGUGGCCUUGCCCAUUUUCUAGCCAAAAUUGCUAUUAUUGUUCUCAGCAAAAUGCCAGUGAGAUUGAGGUUUUGCCUCUGACAUUGAGAGAGCAGUGUUUUUUAGUUGUAAUUCUGUUUUCUUCAAUGGAAUAAAUCUUUGACUUU